AUGGGCAAUCCUGUGUCUAGCCCGAUAGCUGACUUUGUGAUGGAAUCACUUUUAGACAAUGUCACACGGACACUCGAUUUCCAGAUCCCGAUCCUAAGGAAAUAUGUUGAUGACCUACUGCUAGCCCUACCAAGAGAACAUGUCGAACAGGUAAGAGAAAAAUUCAAUCAAUACCACCCGAAAAUCCAAUUUACGGUCGAGAUAGAGUCAGAUUAUCGCCUCCCGUACUUGGAUCUGAUAUUGAUCAGGCAGCCAGACCAAUCAAUAAAAACCGAGUGGUAUCGAAAAGCGAUAGCGUCGGGUCGCUUUUUGAAUUUCAGAUCGGCUCACAACACACGGCUCAAAAUCAACACGGCUCUGAACUUCAUAAAACGUGUGAAAAUCUUUUCGACAAACAUUUCCCCCGAUGCCGCACUUAAGUUGAUCCAUGAAAAUUUGAAGUUAAACGAUUACCCUACAGCGUUAAUAAAUAGAUUAGUGCAGAAAGCGAACGAAACCGACACCACCAGCCAAAACACACAAGAUACACCCACACAACAUUACCGAUCCAUACUGAACAUCGACGGCCUAACUGCGAACAUAGUUCGUUCACUGAAAACAGACUAUCCGCAAGUACGCAUCGGCACCACGCAACAACAUACAAUACGCAGCCUACUGCCUGUGGUUAAGGAUCCGAUACAACCGAUCGAUCGUUCCAAUGUGGUAUACAACAUCCCGUGCGCAGGCGCAUCCGACCGUAACGAGACAUGCUCAAAAGUUUAUGUUGGGCAAACUAGCUACAAACUUCGUACUAGAAUGUCCAAGCAUAAAUGCGACGUCACCAAAUUGAACCGAAUCAUCGCCUCAGGGUCCACAGCAUCAGACCCAGCCAUCAGAGAGCUACGACAAUCGGCCGUUGUUGAACAUUGCUUCAACCAGGGACACGUGUUCGACUUCGACAAAGCCACCGUUCUCGAUAGCUCCAACAAGCACCGCCGGCAUCUAGAGGUACUCGAAAUGUGCUAUAUUCAAAGCACUCCGAAUACCGUAAAUAUACAGAACGACACAGACGGAAGAGCGAUCUCCUACGGCGGAGUGUUCCACACACUCUCUCGGACUGCUCACAAGCACUCAUCGGCGCCGGUUUCUGGCUAUGAAGAAGAAACCCAAACAACAAUAACAAACUGUGAGUCGAGUGGAUAA